AGAAAUAUACCCUCUAGGAUGGCGAAAUUUAAGAACGCCAGCAAUGCCAUACGUUGGCAAAGAGGUGGAGCGCCUUACAACUUUCAGACCCUCUAGGUAGAAACGUAGGAUGGUCGUCAUUGCCGGUGCUUCCUGCCAGAAAACCAAGUGUCCCCAAGUAGCAAAGAUACCCUCUCUCUUGGUCAGCUCAGCAAGUCCCCACUGGCUGUGAACAGUGGUUCUGGCGUUGGGCCUCUUUCUAAGCCAACAGCAGCAGCUUCACCUGGAAACUGGUAGGAAAUGCAAAUUCUCUUGGCCCCACCUAGACCAGCUCAAUGGGAAACACUGGAGGUGAUGCUCCACAAUCAAGUGCCAGGUGAUUCCAGCUCAGGAGGGGACUAAGGAAGGAAGAAGGGCUACCUCUUUAAGGCUAAUUGGGUCCCUCCCCUCCUCUUCCCUAGGCUUCUUAACAGCCUGGUGUGGGAAGCGGGUCUCUUAGGUGAAUCUAUGACGUCAGAUGAGGACACGCCUGGAGCACAGUAAGCCUGAGCAGGGGAUGAGUUGGACUUGGAGCCAACUGGACACAACCCUGGUGUCUGCUCCCUCUCCACGCUGGGGUUCUGGGAGGGACCCCAAGGCUGUCAGAUAGUCUCUCUGCAAGCUUCCGAACUUGGGCUAGACAAAAUCACCAUUCUCUCCGCUGCUGUUUUGAGUGUUUGUCUCAGGUCUGGGGAUGCUCUGAUCAGGUCCCUGGGGAAGAGGGGCGGCAGGGGUGGACGACUUGGCCUCUAGGGGUUUUCAAUGGCUACCGGCUAUAGCCAUAAUUCCCCAGGUCUCAAGCAAGUCUUCCUUACAGAGGGCUGUGAGUUUAGCUUCUGCAUUACUCAGGAGAUAAAAUAGUUGCGUUCCGAAGCAGAGACUCAGGACCCUGCCUUACCACUGACUCGCUUCUGUCCCCCAACACCUGCAUCAAGCUACCCAGGAAAGCUCCAUGAGUCGCCAAAGCACCAGCAGUGUGACCGAAAACACAUCAAAGACCAUACUUUGGGGUGGUGAGCUCAAUCAGGACAAGCUGAUUUGCACCUUUAAACCCCAAGCGGAGAAGGACAGCUGUAAACUGUUGCUCAGCACGAUCUGCUUGGGGGAGAAAGCCAAAGAGGAGGUGAAUCGCGUGGAAAUCCUGCCCCCAGCAAGCCAGGAAGACAGAAAAUCGCCAGUCACCAUUGCGUCCCUGAAGGCCUCUGUCCUGCCUAUGGUCACAAUGACAGGUGUGGAGCUUUGCCCUCCAGUGACUUUCCGGCUCCGGGCUGGUUCAGGACCUGUGUUCCUCAGCGGCCAGGAAUGUUAUGAGACUUCAGACCUACCCUGGGAAGAGGAGGAAGAGGACGAAGAGGAGGAGGAGGAGGAGGAAGAGGAAGAUGAAGACGUGGAUUUGGAUAUAUCAAUAGAAGAGACGCCUAUCAAACAAGUCAAAAGGGCUGCUCCCCACAAGCAGACAAGCCUGGCUAAGAAAAAAAAGGUAGAAAAAGAAGAGGAGGAAGCAGUAAAGAGGCCCAGCCCUCAGGAAAAGAGCCCCUGGAAGAAGGGGAAAGCUACACCCAAACCUAGGAAGUCAGCAUCCAAGAAAUGAAGAGCACCUUGGUAUCUCCCAAGUCCCAGGGAAGAUGACGACCGCUGUGCUCUGGUGCAGGUGUCCAGCCCCUCCAUCUGAACCUAAUGUGAUAGUAUUGUGGGGGCCACACAGGAGCCCUACAAUCCGGCCUUUCUGUUUCAAGAGGCUCUUGGAGAAGAACCCCCACAAGCAUGCCUAAGUCACAAUAAAAAUUGCACGGUCA